UUAACGCGUCCGGUAAUCAGCCGUUAAGAGCUGCCUCUCAUUUAUGUUUUUAUUAAAAUUCCGUACCGGUGACUUGUUAAACCCCAAUAAAUUUCUGUUCAAACAGGACAAUAUUUGUACAUCUGUAGUGUCAGAAGAAGGAAAUAGGUGUUCAAAUUUUACAGUUUUCGAAUGAAACCAUAGGAAUUGUUACCGCAUAGAUGAUCUCCAGCAGCGUGUGCCCAUUAAUGGCUUUUUGCCUUCUAAUUUUGUUUAGUAUACACAUCGAGGGGGCAAGUGGUUCCAGUAUCACUUCAGUGACAAACGUGUCUAUAGAAUGCAAAUCAGAACGGUAUGGAGUCGUUUUCAAGUUCCAAGAACAAAAGAAAUCCGAUUAUAUCAGGCUGGCUGAAUGUCAGUUCGGAUCAGGUGGUCAUUCUCAAUUGAUGGAUGCGACAUUUAAAGGAACAUAUGACGUGACAUACGUAAACUACACGUGUAUACUGACCAUAUUGUACCUAACGGUAGAACAGUGUGGAAUGUACACGUGUUCAGAGAUGUACAAUGAAUCAGAAACUAUUGUAAAACAGAUUGGCUUGAACUGUGAAGACGCUCCGAGAUUCGCAGUUACUACAGAGAGUCACUGCACACAUACUACAGAGAGUCACUGUACACCAACAAUAGUUGUCCUGUCUGUGGUAUGCGCUGUUCUGGCUGGUUUCGGGAUCUGUGUUCACUUUAAUCUUAUACAAAAGAUCAGAGAAAGGGGAGAUUUCUCACCGGGACAACCUAUCGACUCACAGAAUGAAAAUCCACUAAUCCGAAACAACGGAAACGAUGUUCAACGUGCAAAUCAACAUAUGGAUCAACGGGAUGCAGAGGGACAAGAUCAACAAGAUAAUGUCCGAAAUACAACAAGGCGACUGGAAAAAAAGGGACUAGGGACAAAACUGUUACAAACGCAGUCAUCGCUUAAUCAAUUCUGAUGAACCAUACCAUGUUCUUUUUUAACGUCACGACAUUGUGGAGUGUUAUCCACAUCGAAUAAAGACAAUUUUUGUCAAACGAUUACUCUUUAGAUCAUAGUGCUUUUAUGGACUACUAUUUGGAGCGUGUACAUUUUUGUUCUAAAUGCGAUGACGUGAUGUCAUUUUGUGUUAAUGAAUUUAUAUCUUUUAUGUUUCAAUUCAAUAUUUAUUUUGUUUUACGUAAUUAAGAUAAAUAUAAUAUAAUGCGCGAACUUGAAACGCGCAAUUAAAUAUUGAUUCAGUAUAGCAAUCACGCAAAUACUUUUAAUAUGUUUGCACUUUGGUGUAAACGACAAUUUGUUUUCAAAAUGUAUUAUUUCGAAACUGGUAGUAAUUACAUGUUAUAUGCAUGAAUUAUUCUAAAUCGAAAAAAACCUGCCAUUGCUGUUCUUAUAUUUUUAUAUCAAC